AUGAUUGGCCGAAUGGUGGGGUUGGAGCCCAGUAGCAGGAGUGGGGUCUUGGAGGAGUGCAGAGAGUGCAGAGCCAUCGUUAUGAAGGGAGAUGGUGUACAGACCCCUUUGCAUAAAGGAGAUAGUAUAUUAGGUGGAGAGGGGGCCUGCCUUAUGAGGUAUGCGGCAUGGACAUUAAUCAGUGCGGUUGAUGUAGUGUAUUGCUCUUUGGAGACAAGGGAGAGUGUUUCUUUGACAUUCAAUCCAGAUGGUCAAGUGAUAGUGGUUCCGUUUAUGUUCAAAGGGUAUAACAUUGCAGCAUUGCCAACGACAAAGUUCGGUGACUUGAAGAAGGACACCAAGCAGAUAGAGAAUGUUGUAUCUUUUUUGAGAAGCGAUAUUUGUUAUGCAGUGUGGGAGUUUCUGGUCAGCUCGGUGCAGUACAAGGAUGAUGAUCGGUUUGAGAGGCUGUUUGACGAAAGAAUGAGGGGUAUCUAA